GCGAGGUCCGCGGUGUCCCCCAGCCGGAAGGUCCGGCAGCCUCAGGCCGCCCGAGGCCUCCCGCAUCAUGUCGGCCCAGGGCGACUGCGAGUUCCUGGUGCAGCGAGCCCGCGAGCUGGUGCAGCAGGACCUGUGGGCCGCCAAGGCUUGGCUGAUCACGGCCCGCAGCCUCUACCCCGCAGACUUCAACAUCCAGUAUGAGAUGUACACCAUCGAGCGGAACGCGGAGCGGACGGCCACCGCCGGGAGGCUGCUCUACGACAUGUUUGUGAAUUUCCCAGAUCAGCCCGUGGUGUGGAGAGAAAUCAGCAUUAUUACAUCAGCAUUAAGAAACGAUUCACAGGAUAAACAAACCCAAUUUUUAAGAAGUUUAUUUGAAACUCUUCCUGGUCGGGUCCAGUGUGAAAUGUUACUAAAGGUUACGGAACAAUGCUUCAACACUUUGGAACGAUCAGAAAUGUUGCUUCUACUUUUGAGACGAUUCCCUGAAACGGUGGUACAGCAUGGGGUUGGCCUUGGGGAGGCACUAUUGGAGGCUGAAACUAUUGAAGAGCAAGAAUCUCCUGUUAACUGCUUUAGAAAAUUGUUUGUGUGUGAUGUCCUUCCUCUAAUAAUUAACAACCAUGAUGUUCGGUUGCCCGCCAAUUUGUUGUAUAAGUACUUGAACAAAGCAGCUGAAUUUUAUAUCAAUUAUGUCACUAGGUCUACUCAAAUAGAGAGUCAGCAUCAAGGUACCCAAGAAACGUCUGAUUUAAUGUCACCGAGCAAACGUAGCUCUCAGAAGUACAUAAUAGAGGGGCUGACUGAAAAAUCAUCCCAGAUAGUGGACCCUUGGGAGAGGUUGUUUAAGAUUUUGAAUGUCGUUGGAAUGAGAUGUGACUGGCAGAUGGAUAAAGGAAGACGAAGCUAUGGUGAUAUUUUGCAUAGAAUGAAGGAUCUCUGCAGAUACAUGAACAACUUUGAUAACGAAGCUCAUGCAAAAUAUAAAAACCAAGUGGUUUAUUCCACUAUGUUGGUCUUCUUUAAGAAUGCAUUUCAGUAUGUCAACAGCAUACAGCCGUCUCUAUUCCAAGGUCCUAAUGCCCCUAGCCAAGUUCCACUGGUUCUUCUGGAGGACAUAUCAAAUGUAUAUGGUGAUGUAGAAAUUGAUCGCAAUAAACACAUACAUAAAAAGAGGAAACUAGCUGAGGGAAGAGAAAAAACCAUGCAGAGUUCAGACGAUGAAGACUGUUCAGCAAAAGGAAGGAAUCGUCACAUUGUUGUCAAUAAGGCAGAACUUGCUAACUCAGUCGAGGUGCUGGAAAGCUUUAAGCUGGCCAGAGAGAGCUGGGAGCUGCUCUAUUCCCUGGAAUUCCUUGACAAGGAAUUUACAAGAAUUUGUUUGGCGUGGAAGACGGAUACUUGGCUUUGGUUGAGAAUCUUCCUCAACGAUGUGAUCAUCUAUCAGGGUCAAUAUAAAAAGGCCAUAGCCAGCCUGCACCACUUGGCAGCUCUCCAGGGACCACUUCCUCAGCCACAGAUCUCGGGACAGGGGACCUUGGAGCAUCAGAGGGCGCUCAUCCAGCUGGCGACCUGCCACUUUGCCUUGGGGGAAUACAGAAUGACGUGUGAGAAAGUCCUUGAUUUGAUGUGCUACAUGGUCCUCCCCAUCCAGGACGGAGGCAAGUCACAGGAAGAACCCUCAAAAAUAAAGCCCAAGUUUAGAAAAGGUUCAGAUCUGAAGCUUCUGCCUUGUACCAGCAAGGCGCUCAUGCCCUAUUGCCUGCACUUAAUGUUAGCUUGUUUUAAGCUGAGAGCCUUCACGGACAGCAGAGACGACAUGGCGCUGGGGCACGUGAUCGUGCUGCUUGAGCAGGAGUGGCCGCGGGGAGAGACCCUUUUCUUGAAAGCCGUCAAUAAGAUUUGCCAGCAAGGAAACUUCCAAUAUGAGAAUUUUUUCAAUUAUGUUACAAAUAUCGACAUGCUGGAGGAGUUCGCCUACCUGAGAACUCAGGAAGGUGGGAAGAUCCAUCUGGAACUACUACCCAAUCAAGGAAUGCUGAUCAAGCACCACACGGUCACCCGGGGCAUCACCAAGGGCGUGAAGGAGGACUUCCGCCUGGCCAUGGAGCGCCAGGUAUCCCGCUGUGGGGAGAACUUGACGCUGGUGCUGCACAGGUUCUGCGUCAACGAGAAGAUCUUGCUGCUCCAGACUCUGGCCUGACCAGCGCUCCCGCCAGAGAGCCUUGGGGUUUUAACUCACUGGUCGCUUAGAAGUAGUUCCCAACAGUCCAAGAAGCUAUUUCUAUUUUUGUCGUAUUUUGUAAUUUUUGUAAAACAAAAGAAACUGUUUUGUAAAUAAAA